AUGUAAAUUUUUGGUCUGUUAUAUACAUAAAGAUACUGUUCAUGGAUUUUGACACAUUCUAAGGUGAUUACAUGAAGUCAGAAUUUUUAUUUAAUGCAUGACAACACCUAUUUGUUUUGAAACUGAAUCAGUUAUUAACCAAUUCCCAAAUUCCUGAUCAUAUUGUGCAUCAAUUCCUGAUUGCACAUUACUGAACAUUAAAAAUGUAACUUGCUAUACAUGACCUGCUACAUUUUUAGCCUUUGUAUUAUUACUGAAGCUUGACCUUAUUCACACUCAAAAUGCAAAUAGCAUAAAACAUGACAAAAGAAUGAGAGAAUUGGCAAGUAUUCAUUUACAAAUUUAAUUCCCCAGUGCUAUUGUCAAAAGCAAACCUGAAACCAUGCGAAAACAUCUAACCAGUUCUGAUGAGUACAAUAGGUUACGGAACUGGUUAGACAUUGUGCUAAAGAUGAACGACCAAGAGCAAAAGAGGUGCACAUUACAGCAUGAACUGGACCAAUCAUUUUUCACCUCUCAUGCUCCUCCUGUUCUCAAGCAGCUAAGUCCCAGUCGUGGGAGGUCAUUACAGCAACAACAAGCUCACAGCAGUUUCAUUCUCUCACAGAAAGGCAGACGCACUGAUAGCCAGCGCUCGACGGAGGAGCCGUUUAGACAGAGGUCAUGUGGAUGUCAGUGCAUUUGUGAAUGUUUAACCCCAUUGCUCAUUUACUGGAGAGGGACCGGCUUGAGCUGAAAGGUAAGCACACUCUGACUCAGGGAUUUAUUGAGCUGCGCCUGAUGCACUUCAGAAAACCAAAACCAUGUAAAAUGUUUAAAGAAGGCUGGUUAUCGACUCUUAGUAGAAAAAGAGUUGAAACAAUAUUUCCUCAAUCAGGGCAAUGUUUGCGUUACUAAUCUGUUGCUUUUGAAGCCUGAUGUUUGACACAUUUGUUAUCUUAGCAGGUGUUUAAGAAGUUCAUUUGCUAGCUAACGACUACAGAAAUGAAUCUCUUUUUCAACACAGACCUAUGUAAUGGCACUGAGAUUUUAUCACCAAUGAGAGCAUAUGCACUAAAGCUCAGGAGGUUUUCUAUUCAACAUGCACAGGGUUUUAAAUGAAGUCAGAUUUCCUACUAGCCAUGAAACAGUCAUUUACUUUGCUUCAUGAAAAAUGUAUUACAAAUGGGAAAAUAGCUGCCUUUACCAUUGUGUAACACAGAUGAUCACAUGUGAGAUCUGGCAUACAUGGCACAGGUCACACACAAGUAUGAAAAUGCAUUGUGCUCAUUAUAUCUUUAUAUGGUGAUGAUGUUAUCUGAGCAAUAUUACGUUUUCUGCAUUUUAGAAAAAUCCUUGAUGUACAAUUUUCCACUGUGGUAAAAGUAGCACAUGUGUUUAUUACUUAAUGGAAUCGAUUCUAAACAUGUCUUUUCCCCGUGCAUAUGGCACGUGUGUGUGUGUGUGUGUGUGUGUGUGUGUGUGUGCGUGUGCUAGAGACAAACAAGGCGAGCUUCAUUGCACAGGAUAUGCAAAUCCCAUUUAACUGCAACUUGACAACUCGAGCCAAACAAUAAAUAACAGGAGGUCUAUAGCUGCUUUUCAGAUGCUGGACUAUUAUGGUCCAGCUUGAGAACACCAAGUGCAGUUUUCUCGUCUGCCUAGUAGUCUGCGUCUUAAUAUGUUCUGCCAUCUACCUGAACGCAAAAAUACCCAAAAUCUCUCUUCCAUUCACUGACUGGAGCAGCCAAACCACACCAGCACCCGAAAGCUGUGACAUACUACCACCUGCGACCCCCGGGUUUACAUGGCAGCAAAAAGACCAUAACUUCAGCUAUGAGACCAAACCGGACGCAAACUGCACUCUAUUGCAGUCAGAUCUGCACUUUAUCAUGGAGCCAUUGAGCAAAGAAGAAGAAGACUUCCCUUUGGCUUUCAUAAUCACCAUCCACAAAGAGCUGGAAACUUUUGUGCGACUACUGAGAGCCAUUUACGCUCCGCAGAAUGUGUACUGCAUUCACAUAGACGCUAAAGCGGCGGAAGAAUACAAGACAAGCAUCCGAAACCUAGUUGGGUGCUUCCCGAACGUCUUUGUGGUGUCCGUCAAUGUAAACGUGACUUACGCUGGCUUCUCCCGUCUGCAGGCUGAUAUCAACUGCAUGAAGGACCUGGUGAAGUCUCCAACAAAAUGGAAAAGAGUUAUAAAUCUGUGCGGCCAGGACUUCCCAAUCCAGACCAACCUGGAGCUAGUCCGAUACAUGCAAGGACCCGAAUGGAAAGACAGGAACAUUACGCCGGGAAUCAAGCAGCCACCCACUAUGAAGCACAGGACUCAGUUUCAGUACGAGGAGGUAAAAGGCACCCAUGUUGCACCAAAAGGCAAGGGUCAAAAGAAGGGACCACCUCCUCACAACCUAACAAUUUACUUCGGGACUGCUUAUUACUCCUUGACGAGACCGUUUGUGGAGUUUGUCCUCACAGACAAGUUGGCCAAAGACUUGCUGGAGUGGUCUAGAGACACCUUCAGCCCUGAUGAGCAUUACUGGGUGACUCUAAAUCACAUGAAGGAAGCACCUGGCAGUUAUGUCGAAGGCGAAUGGCAAGGUAACGUUCGUGCAAUCAAAUGGAAGGACCAAGAAGGUACAGCACACCAGGGCUGUAAAGGGCGAUACAUCAGAGAUAUCUGCGUUUACGGGAUUGGUGACUUACAAUGGCUUAUCGAAAGUGAGAACAUGUUCGCAAAUAAAUUUGAGACCGCAAGUUUCCCAGAAGCCCUGCAUUGUCUGGAACUGUGGCAUCGGCAUAAAGUUCUCCAGCACGCCAUGGUUCCCAUUCAACCAUCAUGGCGUCUCACCACAGAGGUUAAAGUCAUCAACAGCACACUCAUUUCAAAACCAGACGACUGAUUCUGGGCAAUCAACCAUGAGAAGGGAAAUUCACACCAUUUACAGACUUGUCAACUUCUGCAUACUGAAAAGCCUUCAUCACGAACAUCACUUGAUGACGUGUGAGAUCAGUAAGCACUAGUUCCUCUUGACUUCAAACUGCAAUCUCUCAUGGACACAGCAGACAUGAAGGAAGAAACAAUAGAGACCUCAAUGGAACAUUUUCUGCUUUACGGAGCAAAUUUGUUGUUGCUGAUUGUUAUGUGAGUUUUGCACUGAUAGUAAUCGUAAUUUGUAUUUAUUUCUAUUUAUUAACUGCAGCAUAAUGCAUUGUUUCAAAUGGAUAGAUAAUAAAGAAUGAAGGCAUAGCAAUCCUUGGCCAGGUCCAAGAUACAAAAAAACUGCCAUUUCAAUUUGUUCUAAAAUGAUAAAAAAUAAAAAUAUUAGUAUACACACACACACACACACACACACACACAUAUAUAUAUAU